CCGGGGUAACCUUACUUGGUUUGUUAUUGUUUUGUUGUGCAGUGCACGUGAGGAGGUUCUCUUUAAAAAAAAUGUUAAAUAAAGGUGCAAAACUCUUGAGCCAGAGGCUCUCGUACUGUGAUAAGAUCAUCCUGGCCCCAAUGGUGAGGAUAGGAACCCUGCCAAUGCGACUUUUAGCACUGAAAUACGGAGCUGACAUUGUUUACACGGAAGAGUUGAUUGACUUCAAGAUUCUCAAGUCCAUCCGGAUGGUUAACGAUGUCCUAAACACUGUGGACUUUAUUGAUCCCAGCGAUGGGAGUGUAGUUUUCCGGACGAGUCCUUUGGAAAAGGAGAAUUUGGUCAUUCAGAUUGGCACUGCAUGUCCCAAGAGGGCUUUAAGGGUAGCCCAAAUGGUUGAGAAAGAUGUUUCUGCCAUUGACAUCAACAUGGGCUGCCCGAAAGAAUUCUCAAUAAAGGGCGGAAUGGGAGCUGCACUGCUCAGUGAUCCUGAGAGGGCUAAAAGCAUCCUCAAAGCCCUUCUGGAUCAUGUCAGUAUUCCUGUUACCUGCAAAAUCCGCAUCUUCCCUAAAGUUGAGGAUACUGUGAAACUUGUGAAGGAAUUUGAAGCCCUGGGAAUCGCUGCAAUUGCCAUUCACGGGCGCACGAGGGACGAAAGGCCACAGCAUCCUGUCCAUCCGGAUGUCAUUAGAGCCGUGGCGAAGGAAAUUUCCAUCCCUGUGAUUGCCAAUGGGGGCUCCAGGGAGAUUGCUAGGCACAGUGACAUCCUCAAAUUUAGGGAAGAGUGUGGAGCUUCGAGUGUGAUGAUUGCUCGAGCUGCCGAGUGGAAUGUAUCAAUUUUCCGGAAGGGUUCUAUGCUUCCGCUCGACGAAGUAAUCACGGAGUACCUGAAACUUUGCGUGGACUUUGACAAUUCAGCCCACAACACGAAAUACUGCGUCCAGAAUAUGCUCCGGGAAUUGCAGGAGACUCCACGAGGGAAGAUCUUCCUUGAGAGUCAAACACUUGAGCAAAUAUGCCAAAUCUGGGACCUUGGGGACUACUGCAGGCGAAAGCAACUGGAAUACCAGCAACGGGGUAUGUUCAGUCGCCGGGAGGCUGCCAUACUCAUUCAAGAUGGACCUGAGAAGAAGAAAAUCAAACUGGAUCCGGACAUUAUUGAAAAGAAUGUGGCUUUUGUCAGAGCAAACUACAAAGAAACUAAUGACCUUCCCAAGAGCAUCCUCCAUCUGCAUGCCAACAAGAACUCCCUCAAGUUGCCGACGUAUGAGACUUGCGGAGAAGAGAAACUCUUCAGGAGUGUGAUAUCGUUUGAUGGAAAGAGAUACACGAGUUCUUUCUGGGAGAAGAACAAGAAAUUUGCCGAGCAGGGAGCUGCUCUUGUCUGCCUCCUCCAUUUGGGACUGAUGGAUGAGAAGACUCUCAGCGAAAAUGGAAGUAUCCUGGAAUAAAGAAGGAUAUUUUUUUUAAAGAA